GGGGGUGUAGGGGAGGUCUUUGCAUUGCCCACCCUUCUCCAGGCCCAACUGGGCAGGUCAUUUCCACUUCGGCCUUGAGAAAGUCGCGUGAGCCCUUUUGACCUUGGUCGGAGACAAUCGUUACCCCUGCCCCCGACAUCGCCCUCCCCCCUCCGAGCGCAGGAGAGAAUGGAGAAGGCACCGCACGGCUGGAGUGCUCUGCGGGGCUGCGCUGUUAUUCCCACUCUAACUGGCCUCUUGGAAAAGGCUGACUCUACAAUCAGAGAAGGCUCGGCCUCCUUCCCUCUGCUCCUGUCUUUGUGACUUUGGGCAGAUCCGGCCACCUCUCCGCAGGCCUCCUUAGAGGCUGUUGGGAGGUGCCAGUUAAAAACAAAACAACUCACCUUGUACUGAGCUUCUGCUGUGUCACAGGCUCCUUGGACCUCCCAGGGGGUGGCAGGUGCUGUUCCUGGCCCCUGGCUACCGAGUUGGACACUGAGGCCCAGAGAGGCCCAGGGACUUUCCCGAGACUGUAAACCUGGGCUGGGGACCUCUACCAGCACGGGGUGCUGCAAAUCCCAGGCCCAGGGAGAGGGUCUGUAGCCUCGCUUUUCAAUAACCACAGGAGUGUCGGGGAGCCGGGAGCCAGGAGCCAUGGCGGUGGAGAACAUCAACGAGCUGCCAGAAAACAUCCUGCUGGAGCUGUUUACACACGUGCCUGCCCGCCAGCUGCUGCUGCGCUGCCGCCUGGUCUGCAGCCUCUGGCGGGACCUCAUAGACCUCGUGACCCUCUGGAAGCGCAAAUGCCUGCGUGAGGGCUUCAUCACCGAGGACUGGGACCAGCCUGUGGCCGACUGGAAGAUCUUCUACUUCCUACGAAGCCUCCACAGGAACCUCCUGCACAACCCGUGUGCCGAAGAGGGAUUUGAGUUCUGGAGCCUGGAUGUGAAUGGAGGCGAUGAGUGGAAGGUGGAAGACCUCUCUGGAGACCAGAGGAAGGAAUUCCCCAAUGACCAGGUCAAGAAAUACUUCGUGACUUCUUAUUACACCUGCCUCAAGUCCCAGGUGGUGGACCUCAAGGCCGAAGGGUAUUGGGAGGAGCUGAUGGACACCACACGGCCGGACAUCAAGGUCAAGGACUGGUUUGCAGCAAGGCCAGACUGCGGGUCCAAGUACCAGCUGUGCGUUCAGCUCCUGUCAUCAGCGCAUGCGCCUCUGGGGACCUUCCAGCCUGACCCAGCAACGAUCCAGCAGAAGAGCGAUGCCAAGUGGAGAGAGGUCUCACACACGUUCUCCAACUACCCACCCGGCGUCCGCUACAUCUGGUUUCAGCACGGUGGCGUGGAUACGCACUACUGGGCCGGCUGGUACGGCCCGAGGGUCACCAACAGCAGCAUCACCAUUGGGCCCCCCGCUGCCCUGAUGCCCCCGAGGCCCCGUCCACAGAACCCUGAAUGGUAAACUUGUUGUCAGAGAAAGGCUGGGCUUGGGAAGGGGCGGUGGGCCAGCUUCCCCAGACCUCCUAGUUCACCCUUGCCCCCGUCGCCUCUUUGUGGAGCCUCCCAUGCUGCAGACAGCCAGCGCUCUGCCUGAGGGUGCGAUCUGAAUGAUGGUGAGGGCUGUGUAUACCUUUAAGAGGCAGGGCCCUUUAGGGAGGUACAGGAUGUUCCCCCAGGUUCCUCCCGACUCCUCUGAGGGUGAGUGUCCAAGCUCAGAUGGCAACCGAGAUCUGUGUUCCUACCUUCCCCUCCUGGGCCUUGCCCCCUGUCUUUUUGGGGGGCCCUCGGAGCAGGGACGGUGUGGAGGACAUCGGGCAAGCCUGGGGCUGCCCUAGAGAGUCCAGAUGCUGGGAGCGACUGUGUAGCUCAGACAGAUCUGGGAGUGGAAGGAGGGCUCUGCCAGCCUGUCCCUGUCCCACUCUCUGCUGCUCCCACGCUCUCGCUAGACCUGCUUGCUCAGAGAGGUGGCUAUGGCCCAGAGGCUCAGGCCUGGUCUGAGACGGGCAGGCCCAGGGUGGGGUGGAGUCGACGCCACGUCUGGACUGUCCUUACCAGCAGUGAAGCCCCAAAAGCCAGAUGGGGUGGGGCUCUCCAGAAGAAGGCUCUCUGGAAUCCAGUGCGUGGGAACCCAGGGCAGGUGGGUGCAGGAUUGGGCUCUGAUUCUGAGAGCUAGGAUGUGUGAGCACAGGAUGAGUGUGGGGUGGGGGUCUUCAAGGACCGCUUGUCCACCUCCACGCCUACACCAGGCUCCCUGUAGCUUGGAGAGCAAUCCAAGCCCCACCCCACAUUGGAACUGCCAUUCACAGACCCUUCCCACCCUGCCCUCUGCCUCUGCCUCCUCCAGCAGUGCUCUGAUCCUACCCCUGCUGCAUGCAGCCAAAUAAAAGGUUUUCCCAGCCCA